UGUGUGUACCUCUUUAAGAAGGAGCUGCUCGAGCGCUGACGGUUGGGAUUUGAAGUUCUUCCUCCCUCUUUGGAAGUCUGGACGGAUGGGGGGUGUUGCCAUGGCGACGGCACCCUUCUCCCCCCGCCCCCCUUUCCUCCUCGCGGACGCCGGGACGACUCUGGUCCUCUUGUACUGUCAUGUGAUGGACCCUUCCCUGCAUGUACACGCACGUCGCCCUCCCCACCUCCCAUCCCCGUUCUCUUGUAAUUCGGUCUUCCCUUUUGGUGGGGUGGGAAUCGUUUUGCUACAAACUUCUGGGCUUGGGGCUGUCAUUCUGCGGGUUGCUCGGGGUGGCAGGAGGUGGUGGGAACUCCCCACCGUGCCGCCGUCGCUUUUUUGUCUGAGUGAGACGUAUGCGAGGAGCUGUUAUCCAGCAGGUUUUGAGAGUAUUUUAGAAGGGCUUUAUGGACCACGGCUACGAAGAGACCUCAGUUUAUUUGAAGACUGUGAACCAGAAGAGCUGACUGACUGGUCUAUGGAUGAAAAAUGUUCAUUUUGUAAUCUACAGAGAGAAGCAGUCAGUGAUUGUAUACCAUCUCUUGAUUCUUCACAGUCAACACCAACAGAGGAACUAUCAUCUCAGGGCCAGUCCAACACUGAAAAGAUUGAAUGCCAAGCAGAAAAUUACCUAAAUGCACUCUUUCGAAAGAAAGAUCUUCCUCAGAACUGUGAUCCUAACAUUCCCUUAGUUGCUCAGGAAUUAAUGAAAAAGAUGAUACGUCAGUUUGCAAUUGAGUAUAUUUCAAAAAGCGGUAAAAUUCAAGAAAAUAGAAAUGGUUCAAUUGGACCAAGUCUAAUAUGUAAAAGUAUCCAAAUGAAUCAAGCAGAAAACUCCCUUCAGGAAGAGCAGGAAGGCCCCUUAGACCUCACUGUGAAUCGAAUGCAAGAACAAAACACUCAGCAAGGGGAUGGAGUGUUAGAUCUCUCUACAAAGAAAACCAGCAUAAAAUCUGAAGAGUCAUCCAUAUGUGAUCCUUCUUCUGAAAAUUCAAUGGCUGGUUCAACUGUUGAUGCAAAAUCAGAGGAAGCUACUAAAAUGGAAAAAGGAAAAUCAGCAUUAAGCAAAGUUUUGGAAUCUUUGUGCAUACAUCACCAGCAACAAGUUUUGGCCAUGUUGAAAUUUCUAGUCCAAGAGCAAAAUGCUGCUUCUCUUUGCUAUUGUAAUACAUCAUAUACUGUGUCUUCAGAAUCUCAAAAGCCCCUAAUUGAAGAUGAUUUACAUGGUCUAUUCUGUAGUUGUGAAUAUAGGCUGGCAGAAAGAGGGUGUUUACAAAAUGAAAGACAAAGCCCUGGUGUUGUGCCUCUGCCAGUCUGUAUUAAAGAUUUACAUUGUUUAUCUUGCCAAACUAUAACUAUUGAACACAUUAUGACAGUAGUGAAUAGAGGAAUUGCAAACAGUUAUAAUUCUCACAGGUGCUAUUCUGGACUAUUACCAAACAUUCACUCUACAAAAUCAACCUUUCACACUCCUCUUUCAUCAAGGGACAUAUGUGAUGUUUCAGUCAGUCUUAAGGAUGUUUGUAGAUCUCGAAGUCCAUCACCCCCACCAUUAUCACCUGUACAGACGGAAGGAUUUGAAAAAUUAAAAGAUGUUGUCUCAGAGCUCUCAGCCUUAGAAAAUAACAGACUUGAAAUAAACAUUAACCAGCCUCCCUCUCUCACACCAGCAGAAAUAAACAGUGACAAGACUGAUCACGAAGGUAAAAUACAUAAAACUAAAAAAUUCAGCAACUCGGAUUCUUUGCUCCUGGAAGGCAGUGGUAAUUGUACUACAAAUCAGGAAAAAGGUGAAACUACUGUAAUUUUUCAAGAUUUAAUGGAUCGUAUUAAUGAAAAAUUAAAAUCAAUAGAAACUACAGAUAUGGGAAACCUUGUAAAAUUAUCUAGCAGUGAUUGUAAUACAGAUAAUGAUUUAAAAUUAAGAGAUUUAAUAGCUUCUCUCUUGCAUAAUGCCAAGGCCAGUGAUUACAGUUUUAUGGAAUUGCUGAGUCAACAUGAUAAAAAGGUAGAGAAUAAAAUUAUUCAGACAAGAUUUCGAAAGCGUCAAGAAACUUUACUUUCAGUGCACAACUCUCCUGAUUCACCCACGUUUAGAAGGCAGUCUUUGCAAAUAAAAAGAGAACUUGCCAGUCUUGAUGAAAAUUUUGCAAGAAAAAGAUACACUGAAAAAAAUUCAAGGAAGUUGACACGCAACGAUGAGAUAUUUUCAAUGGACAGAGAGGAAUUCUGUCAUUGCCAAGGGUCUUUACAAAAUUCUAAAAGCUUGCAAGAAAAUAAUCAUGCAGAAACAUUUUCACCAGAUUGUGCAUUGCAGUCAUUGCAACUACCUCUUCAUAGUUUAGAAACUAACUUAGCUUUUGAUGCAUUUUCAGAAAGCUUUAAGACAACUUCCCCUGGGAAAAUGAGCAUAACAAAAUUACAGGAGAAAUCUGCAGCUGGAAAAAGACUUUUGCAAAAUCACAGGAAGAAUCCAAAACUGGAGAAUACCAAAACUCCUUUGAAAAGUGAUGUUCCUGGACUUUUGAGCAGAACUAAACGACACAUUGUGCCCCCAGGAUGGUAUUCUAUAUAUGUAACAAAUAAUUAUGUUUUCAAAAAAUCCCCUAAGGCCAAAAAAAUUUCUGAUUCUGCAAAAAAAAAAGAUCCAGUGAAAAAUACUCAAAUUGAAAGCUCACACAAUAUAGAUCUAAACAAAAUUGCAAUGAAUUCCAAUUUACAAGUUGUUGUGGAACGUUUGGAAGAUACAAUAAAUAUGGCCAAAAAGUCUUGGAAUAAUCACUCAUUAUCUGAAGGAUGUAAGACAUCCAAGAAAUUGAUAGAAAUUCAUGGUAAAGAUCAAGAUGCAGGAAGAAACAUGACACUAACUGUAAGCAGAACAACAUGCAAAGAGCAGAGUUUAUCAAAAUCUGUGGUAGCAGCCAGUAAUAUCAAAAGCAGUCAUACACCUACAAUAGAUUUGAAUAGCAAAAGACUUGAUAAUCCAGAAAAUUCAUCUAUUUUAGAUACGAGUAGCUUGAUUUCCAGUGUUCAAAAUGUGCCAACAAAAUACGAGACCAUUGAAAGCUCUUUUUCCAGCUAUUCUAGUCCUAUCAAACUCAUGUUUUUAUCUGAGGUUAAAAGCAGUGAAGGAGUCAAAUAUACUUUAACUUCAAUCGGUACUUCCAAGUCAAAUGCUGAUCUUCCUUCUGAAAAAUAUCCAAGUCAUGAUGCAAUUGAAAAACAACCAGAAACAAAUGAGGAUAUCCCAGAUGCUAACUUUGAAAAUUAUAGUUCUAAUCGUAAUGGUAGUGACACUCUUCAGGGAGAACUAAACAAAUUUAAUUGUGCAAAAGAAACUACAGAAUCCCCUGCAAUGUUUAUAGAUGAUGUGAACAGUGAUGAGCCACAAGACAAACCUAAGGAAAAUCCAAGCAAUGAUACUGAUUCAUCUUUUAAACGAAAACCAGGUAGACCUAAAAAGAUAGGUCCCCAGGUUGUGAAACAAAUUAAGCGGCCAAUUGGAAGACCACCAAAACCUAAAACCGAUCAAACAGACAUCACCAUUUGCCAAAAUGAAUCAUCUAGUACUGGAAAGAAAAGUCCAGAAUCCCUCCUAUCAGAAGUGAAAGAAGGUAUCUAUAAAAAGAGUAUUACCGUAACUGUUAUUUAUGGAAGAUCAAGAAGAACUAAAAGGCAUGUUUCUGAAGGAACUGUAAACAUAAGCAAUGUUAUAUCUUUCAGCAAUAAUGCUGAUUUUCCAACUGAAUGUAAUAGUCUCAGAAAUAUUAGAGAAUACAAAAUUGACUCAGGUGAAAGAAGUGCUAUUUCAACUUUGACUACCGAAAGUGAGAUCUUGGGGUCUGGCUUUGAAUAUAUUAGGCCCAUCAAGAACAAGUCUGUGAUACCUCAACCUUCCAAGAACAUUAUCCGACCAAAUCAGAAGCCUUUUGCAGUAAUUAGGAAGCCUGGUAGACCUGCAAAAGUGAAAAUCUCUGGCAUAUCUGUGACUAUUAAUAGAGUUUCACCUCAGGAGAGAGAAGUAAGUAUUAGCAGCUGUUUGCCUCCUUUAGAACAAGAAAAUAUAUUAGAGAAAAAUCUGGCUGAAGAAAAGUAUGAUCACCAAUGCAAUAAGAUGGACACAAGGCACACUGAAGCUGACAUAUUUAAGAAUGGAUCAAAAAGUAUGGUUGCUGCUAUACCUUUGAGACAUUCUAUUAGGGAUAGAAAGCCAUCUCUCCAUCUCGUACAUCCAUUAGCAUCUUCCAGCUCACUUAUUUAUAGAAAUACUCUGCUCCGUAAAUCAUAUAAACUCCAUUUGCAGAAAGGUAAAAGUGAGAAGGAAAAACAUAGGCAGUCAAGGAUAAAAAUAGCUUCAAAAGGUACCCCUGGACUUAGAAAUUCAAAGAAUGCAAAAAUGUGUUUGGAAGAUAACAAAUUAAUACCCAUUUCUGAAGUAUCCUUGGACCCUAUAAUUUCAUCAAACCCUUUGCUCAGGUGGUGGGCUGCUUCUACUUCAAAUGAUUCCUUAUUAGAGGAAUUAAACAAUAGAUUUGAGCAAAUAACAAAUGCUUGGGUGCAAGUGAGUGGAGAUGAAGCUGAAAACUGUGUUCAUAAAAAAAGAGAACGCAUUGAAAGUGAUAAUUUCAAAAUAGCAAACCCUUUGGAAACCUGUCUUUUAGAACUUGAAGUUUCACCUGUAAAAAUGCUUUUUCGGAAAAAGUAUGAUUUGAAUGAACUCUGUAUCUGGUUUAUGCAAACAACAGAAACACAGUCUCUUUCACUAGUUAGAAAAGCAAAUGCUCGAAACCCUUUGGAAGUAAUAAAUACCAGAGGAAUUAAAUUAGGGACCAAAUAUUCUCAUUUUAAUACUAGCCCCUUCAGAAAGCACCUUAAAAAAUUUGCACUGUCUUCUCCUUCAAAAUCAGCAGGGAAGUUGCAUAUACUACAUAAAAUAGUUAGCUCUCCACUGUUAAAUGUGAGAAGUAAUUUAACAUUAGCUAGAUUAAAAAGAACUGAGUUUAAGAGGUUGCAGCACAAAAGGUGGAAAAGAGAGGGAAAGCCGCACAACUAUGGAACAGUUGAUUGGAUCUCUAAAAGAAGGAACUUAAGAUUUUUCUGCCAGAAUCAAUUUUUAAAAAAGACUGAGGGGGGAACAAAUGCUGACAUCCCACUCCAAGGAAAAAACACAAUAGAUAAUCAGUUUAUUUUGCCACCUGAGAUCAGAGAUGACUCUUUGCAACAGAAGGUGGCAAUGUCUGACUUGAAAACACAUGCUAAUUUAGAGAAUAAUUUUAAGACAGAAGCAAAGGAGAAUGGAACAAAUUACAACCAAAAAGGUUUUGAAAAGGGAUCAAGACUAGGAAAUGUAUGUCCACAUAAUUGGAGGUCAAAAACCUUAAAAGAUUGUAGAAUAUUUUUGAGGAAGAUCAACUAUCUUGAACACAGAAAUACUUUUAAGCUAAAUACAAUCAUUUACUCUCCUGAAUCUAUUGGCAGUGGAACUAAUCAUCAGACUCACAUAGAAGAAUCAAAGCGCUUUACGUUAAGAUCCCAUUCUGCUAGGCAAAAUUCUUUUAAAAAGCAAUCUAAAGAAAUAGAAAAUGCUAAAACAAAUAGUCCUUCAACCGAUAAAUUUCCUGGCCAACUUGACAAUAGUAGAUUAAAUAAAUGUGUUAACUAUGACAAGAAUCCUGAUAGUUCUGACGUUCUUAGCAAAUUGAACAAAAGAAAAAGACCGCCAUGGAAGACCACAGAAAUGUCAACAAAAAGACAUAAACGACAGUCUUGCAACAGUGGACAAAUGGCAAACUAUUAUUCAAAAUCCCAACUAGCCUCCAGACCUGCUUUGUCUAUCUGAGGUAAGUGCAAGGGUCACCUUCCCUCUCUUCCUUUACCAGUGGCUGCCACCUGUUAAAGUGAUUUCAGUGCUUUAUACCUUAAAUUCCUUCCUCAAGUGUUCUCUUUCCCCCUUCUCUACCCUGGUUUUCUUCUUUAUUUCUUCACUUAGGAAUUUGGCAUUCUUAGUUCAGCUCUCCUAGCUUCCAUUCCCCCGCCCCACCUCAUUUUUCCUAGGCAGUAAACACUUCUUUGUAGAGGAGCUGAGCAUUCUGUGAUUAUAAUGCUAACUCUAUUGAAUUCACCUAUUGUUUAAUUAUGGGAGGGGAGUCAGAGUAGGUAUCUGAAUGUUUCAUCCUGCCAGUUUUUUUCUUGAUUGUUUUUGUUUAAUUUAAAUAAGACCUUGGCUUAUUUUUCCUACCCCACCCCCAUUCCAAUUCCAGGCAAUCUGGAAAAUUCAUUUACUUGCUACUUUGUUUCUAUAUAUAGAAACAGAGAAAACUGGAUAGACCCCAUUAAUUUAUUCUUCAAAAAAUAUCUCCUAUGUGCCAGGCAAUAUGCUAGGCUAUAUGUAGGAUAAAAUGGGAGACAAAACCAGGUAUUGUUCUGUCCUUAUGGUUCAAGUUUAUUAGGAGAGGCAGACAUUGAGUAAAUAGUUACACAAAUCUUACAAGUUCAUAACUGUAGGUGGUACUAAAGAAUUCUUUUUGGGUACUGUAAGAAUUCCUUCUCCCUAUAAGGAGAAGACUUCUCUAAGGAAAUUGACCAUUGAACUGAGCUGUGAAGAGUGAGUAGGAAUUAACUAGGCCAAGUAGCAGACAACUGGGCAGGGAGGGGAGAGGACUGACUUUCAGGAAGAGUUGCAUGUGGAAAAAGUACAGCAUGGUGUUCUUUGCAGGUAAGGCAAUGACUGUGUGUCUUGGGUCAAAAGAGAAAGGAGGAGCGUGGUGUCAGAUGUAAAGAUUGAGGAGUAGGUGAAGGAUAGACCAUGUAGGUUCUCAUAAGUCAUGUUUGUGUGUUUCCAAUAGCUUCCCAUUGCUCUUAAAGUAGAGAUUGAAAUUGGGAGUGGAUGGGGAAGGUAUAUGACAUCAUCAGAUUCUCCUUCCUAAAGGAUCUGACUGCCUUGUGAAACAUGAAUGGUAGAGGGCAUGAAUGAAGGCGUAGACCAUCAUGGUGGUCCUAAUGAGAACUGUGCUACUUGAAAACAAUGCUUUACAAACUUUAGUGUGCAUGAGAAUCACCAGGAGGGCUUAUUGAAAAAGAAAUUGUUAGGCUCCAAGCACUUUCUGUUUCAGUAGGUUAUGUAGUGGGGCCCAAGUGAUGCUUAUUUUGCUGACCCAAGGACCACACUUUGAGAACCAUUGGUAUAGAGUGUAGAGUGUUGUGGUGGAAAGAAGAUUAAUUCCUUACUAAUAUGAUCAUUGUGUUAUAAAUUACCCUCUAAAUACCACUUUAGCUAUAUUCCACAAAGUUUGCUCUGCUGUAUUUUCAUUUCCAUUAAAUUAGAAAUAUUUUCUAAUUUCCCUUGUAGUUUUUUAUUUAACCCAUGGA